CUUGCUACAAAAGCCAGAGCGAGACAAUGAAACAAGCCUGAUCGCGAAAAUUCUCAGAUUUUCACCGUCUUUUGAUUUCUCAAAGACUUCUCUCGUACACUCUAAAGCCAAUCAAAAUCCGACCAGGAUCCGAGCCCGAAUCAUCCAGAAAGCUAGCUAUGGCCGAUGGGAAAUCUGUGUUGGCCGUGAUUAGGGCCGCCAGACCAACCUUUAGAAACAAUCACGAUAAACUCGCCUUCUUAGUUCACGCUUCCUUUCUCGCCUCCGGCCACGUGUUGACAGCCACCGGCCCUUCCGCCGAUGAUUCCUUCACCUCUCCCUCUACUGAUGAGGUGGGAAUUGAUCACUGGAAUGAACUCGAAGAUAAUUACGUUUUUGUGUAUAUAAACCCUGAGAAAGGCUCGAAGAAAGUGCUGGUAAAGUGUCUCGUGAUGGGCAACAAGCUGGUCGUGGACGCCUUGGCUCAAGGGGCUUCUGAACCCGUACAUCUCGAAAUUGAUGUUGGGCAAUACAUUGGGGAAGGCAGCACCUCCAAUUACUCUACGCAGUUCAAGAAUUUGGAUAAGCUCGUCAAGUCUUUAGAUACUGAGAUUUUGAGUAAAUUAAAUGUUUCCCCGAAACCAUCAAGUUUGGAAACAGGUGAGAGGUCAAGGCGUAAUAUAAAUGAUUGUGGUGUUGGAAUUUAUGAGCCUACAGGCCCUCAACCUCAUCCUUCAGGAGUUGUACUUCCUCCAGUUGAUCCAGGUGGUAUUAGUGAUCUUUUUCCUGGGUCUGGUGCUGGAAUGUACCCAAGGAGGGAUCCUGGCACUGGUGGCAGCAUGCUUAUAGGACCAAAUGAUCCUCGCUGGUUUGGUGGAGGAAUUGGUGGACAGCCAGGCUUCCUUGGAGGACAACCGGGUGUUCCUCCAGGUGCUCGUUUCGAUCCCUAUGGCCCACCAGGUGUUCCUGGCUUUGAGCCCAACAGAUUUGCUAGGAAUCCUCCAAGGCGGGGCGGUGGGAAUCAUCCAGACCUGGAGCACUUCCCUGGUGGUUCGGAUUUCAUUUAGGUUGCAUUUGGUUAAAGGUUUUUAAGAGUACCUUGGAUGCCUUCAUCAUCUGGAUUGUCUUCCUCCACUAUGAGAAUUCCCCAAGACUUGCAUUUACAAUCAUGGUACAAGUCCUCUUUGUCUUCACAAUGCAGGUACAUUCCGUUCGCCCUUAGUUCUCGGAUUUUCAGUUUGUGAGUCAUUGGACAACCCACAAUCUUCCACUGUCUUUGAUUAUGUCGAUUUGUUCCAUUCUCAGAAUUUGUGUUCUGAUACCAAUUGAUGAUUACCUGACCCUGCACUCCUAUAUUCUACAAAUUAAAGAUUCCAGAAGUCAGCUCCUCCUCUCCUCUGCAGCUACCUUUCAGUGCUAGAUUCUUCCAACAUUCAGCGGUUCAGUGUCCAGUCAACUCCAACACCAAUAAUGAAUAUUGUAAGUGAUUGAGACAAUGUAACAGAGCAUGUAUCACAGCUAUUACUAAUAGAAUUUUGUAUUUAUUUAUCUGAAACAAUGUAUACAAUGAGAUUGAUUACAAA